AUGGGGCCCCCUCCCCUCGUCACACUUGUCGCAUGUUCGGCGGAAGCUUCUAAAAACUUUGUCGAUUGGUAUUACGCCUCGAUCAAUGACGGGAAGUCGGUCGCGCAAGGCUACGUGAACGCCAGCGAGCGGUACACGGCGGCAGGCCAACCGCCUGCUGAUAUCUGCAUCAAUGGGCGGGUGGUGGCAACUCCCGAGGAGUGGGACGCGCUGCUCGCGCAGCAGCGGCGUGCGGCAAACCCGACUGCGUCUGCCAACCCUUUCGCAUCUACCGACAAGGUCGACACCGUGCGCUACGAAGUAGCCAGCUACGACGUGCACGUCAUAAACUCAGACUACCGCUUUGCGGCGCCCCCAGAGGCGCUCGUCGACUACACCAUUACCAGCAAUGGCGGCACCAGACGGAAAGCGGAGGGCAGUGUGCGCAUCGUCAUGAUGCUGGCUGUCUCGGGCACCGUCCACUUCACAGCAACCGACGGUCGCCCGCUCGCGGAGCAGCACUUCCACGACGUCUUCAUCCUCGUCCCCAAUUGGGAUACCAUCUUGCGCCAUGGCUCCAGGGCAACCCGGAGAUAUAUUGCCAUCUCGCACACGUACCGUGCGUAUUGA